AUGCGCUUCGCCAGCGUUGCUCUCGCUUCUGCGACACUUGCCACCACGGCACUUGCGGCUCCUUGGGAGGGCAACAGCCACUGGCAGCCGAAGGGCAAGAACGUCUACAAUGGCAAGUCGUAUGGCGGCUGGGGCAAGGGCAAGCAGACUACACCACCAACAAACGGCGAGCUAUCCACUCCAGAAGUCCCAGGCAACGAAACCUCACCAGUGCCUCCAACAAUCCCAGACAACGGCACCUCUCCAGCGCCAGGUGACUGGACAUGUCCUGUCGCCGAGGGCACUUGGUGCCUGAACGAGGAGCAGGCACAGCAAGCCUCUGACAUCUUCCGCACUCUCAUUCAGGAGUACUCUGACGAGUUCGCCCUCGAGGCUCUGACUGAGGACUUCGUCGACUGGACCUCGGCCGUCAACAUCAUCCGCAACAGGGGUAACGACUACCCAUUCGUGGUCAAUGAAGUCUCCUUCGGCAGCCGAGCAGAGUUCAUGGCUGCUCAGGGCUCGCAACCACAGAUUCCUUUCGACACUCUCAACGUCUGGGCUGGCUGCGACACCACCACUACCAGAUGGCAGACACUGAACUCCGCCAACGGACAAGCAUCGUGGUCCAACGACAUUCCCGUCGUCGGUCUCGCCGUGGUCAAGACCGUCCCAGACACCGAGAACUCCUACGGCUUCCGUGUCAAGGAACUCUACUCCGAGUUCAACGCCGCUGCAUGGCUCGUCAACAACGGUGUCUUCACCCCAUCAGCAGUCACCACCUCCAACCCACCAGUCGCCACACCGACCGGCGUCGUCAAGCGCGAAAUUCCAAACGUCGGCAUCAUAUAA